AUGUCAGAAGUGAACUGGAUGAAUCGAGAAAAAUAUCUUCAUGAGAAGGUGAGUAGUUCGAAAAAAGUUCAAGUGAAAUGUGACUUUUUUGGGUUGUUUUCUUUUAUUUUUGUUGUUUGAAAAUAAUAAGUUUGAAGGCACUAUGUUUUUCUUGUGUUCAAGUUUUUUUAAAGUUUUCAUGUGUCUAUUUUCAAAUUUAGCACAGCAACGUUAGAAUUCAUUUGAACUUCCAAAUUUCAAAAAAAAAAUCGGAUUUGUUCAAACAAACAUUUUUCUGGUUGCCCACGGUUACUGUAGCUACCUAUAAAAAUUUGAAUUGUCUCGAUGAACGAGCCAAUUUCCUAAAAGUACUGUAUUUCUUUUUUUCUUCAGGUUUUCGAUACUUUGGGCCGCCCAUUAUCCCGUGCUGCAAGCAGACAAUCAAAAGAGCCAAAUUCGACAUCACCGUAAGUUUUUCACACACGGGAAAAUUAUCUGAAGAAUUAUUCUGUUCAGUAUUUAACAAAACAAUUCGAAUAAAGUUCCUUUUCCACGUCAUUUUUAUUAGACAAUAGUACCUUUUCCAUAUAUAUUAGUACAUACGGGUAAUUGAAUAUUUAUAUGGCUGAAAAUCGUGUAUUGUGACAGCUUUGUGUUAGUUUUGAAAUACGAAUAUACUUACUUUUUAUUUAUUUUUUUUUUGAGAAAAAGAAAACUAAAAAAAAAAGUAAAGUAAAAAAGUAUCUAGCUUAAAAAAUUAUAAAAAAGAGCCACAUUUCGAUCUAGAUAAUCCCCUCCUUCACUUCAUUUUUAUGUCACCAAUGAUAAUAAUAUUUCCGGCGAUGAAAAAGUUCAAACUUCUUCUUCUUCUUCUUCUCCCAUAAAUUCCACUUUUUUUGUUUCCUAAAAUAUUCUAUUUCCCAACCGACAUUAAUCAUCUGAAAAAGAGUUUCCUGCAUAGAAGUUUUUGUUGGCCUUUCCUUGUUUUUUGAUUUUUCCAGGAGAUUAUGUGGGAAAAACAAAUAGAAGUAAAGUUUUGGUGGUUUUUGAUGUGAAAAUUUUGGUUUUUUGAAGUCUUUGGGAUUUCCUUUUGAUGUAUUCAAUAGUUCAAGAGUUUCUAGACUGAAAAAAAGAAGAAAAACUAAAAAUAUGAAUUUUUCAAACCUCGGCUUUUGUCUUUCUUUAAAGAAUUUUCUCACGCCAAAAUGAACGCGGCGGCAGAAAAAAUAUUCAAAAAAAAAAACUAUAUAAUAACUGGAACUUUUUUGUUUUUCGAUAAAUAAAAUAUUUCAUUAUUUAUUUCUGUCAUUUUUUUCGCGCGAGGCGAAAAAACAAGAAAAAUUUGCAUAAAAAAUUCAUAAAUUAACAUUUUCAAGAUUCUUGGACUAUGACUAGUCACUCUCUUUUUUUUUCCAAUUUUCCUCGAAAAUCGUAACUUUAACUUUUUACUUUUUUUCGAGUCAAAAAUAUGUUUUUGCCAACUUUUUUCCUUCCUUCUGAAAAACCUCGUUUUUUUGUCGUUUUCUAAUUUAAUUUUUCGAUUUUCUUAGGUGUUUACAUUCAUACAAAUUCUAUUCUUCGUUACAGGAAAAAGUCAUAAGAUGUUAGUUGACGAGAUGUUAUGCUGGUAAGUCAGAAUAAAUGCACUUUUUCUCUAUUUUUCCCAAAGAAAAUGCCCUUUUCAAUAGAUAUCUAUUUUCUUUUCAUCAAAAAUGUCUAGUCAAUCGAGGAACAGGUUUUCACGUGCAGUCAUGUCCGAGUGGUUAAGGAGAUUGACUAGAAAUCAAUUGGGCUUUGCCCGCGCAGGUUCGAAUCCUGCUGACUGCGAACAUUUUUUGCUUAACUUUUUCAAGUUGAACAAUUUUUGUAAUACUUUUGCAAAAGUAAAUUGCACUUUUCGCCCUCAUCCCUAUUUUAUUAUCUUGUUUUCUCUUUUUUUCCAAAAACAUGAGGUGGUCCUAAUCUUCUUGCUCAAUGAUGUUUUGUGUCAAGGUCGGAUGCACAUUUCGUCUUUUUUAGCGCAGUUUGAUUUUCUAUUCUUACGACAAUAAAUUUUUUUCCGAGAAUAUUAUUCAUUCAAGAAAAGUUCAUAGUUUCUGAACUCUAAAAUAUAUUUAUUGGUGUAAAAAUAGCCACUUUUACACUAGAUCAAAAGUCCUUUUUCUUCCAACUUUAUUCAAAUUUAGUCAUCCAGAACUCUUCAGCCUGAAUAAUAUAAACUUUAAAAUAAAUAAUUCAAACGUUUUUCGAUGUCACAGCAGGUGAAACAUGUCUAUUUAUCAUCUGCUAGAAUUUUGUAUUUUUCUGGAAAUUUUCAGCAAUAUCAUAUUUCACUACUAGUACUUUUUUACUUUUCUUUUAUUUUUCUCCCCGGACAUACUAGUUUUUGUUUUUUUUUUCUCUGGUGACGUUCCAGAAAUUUUUAAUCAACGAAAAAAUAUCUGGGCACACACCAGGCAAAUUUAAUUAGAGAAUUUCAUUUAUCCAAACAAAAACAAACACAUAAAAAAUCGCUGUGCACAGGUCAAAAAUUAUAAAUAUCUAGAAGGGGCGGAGUCAAAGCUCCACCCAUUUCAUUUCAUUUUUUCGCUCACAUCGGCUGUCAGUUAUUUGAUAAACCAAUUUUUGCAGUUUCGCAAUGUUUUCUGGACGUAAAGUUAAAUGGAAUCAUUUUGGAAAGAAACAUUCAUUGAGAUUUUCGGAUUAUGAAAUGGAAUAUGUUGAUUUAUAUGAUGUAAGUUAUCCGAACUUGAAAAUCACGAAUAUCUAAGAUAUGUUUUAGGCUCUCUUGAAAAAGAUUCGUGAAAUCCGCCCAGAUUUUGAGGGUGAUUUGGCGUUUAUUGAUUUGUAUGGUCGGCAAGUGAUUGUGACAAGUGAUAAAGAUAUUCGAGAGGCGAUUACACAGUCAAAAGGAAAACUCAAACUACACACAACAUUGAGAGAUGGAGCAGUUAUUUCGGCAGCUGAUAUGGCUGAAGCUGCGAGAAGACCAGCAAGAUCACAAAGUGUUCCACCAGUGAGUUUGACGGGGAGUGAGACCUUGUUUUACGAAGUUUUAAAUCUUUUCUAAUGUUCUAUGAAACAAAUAAUAUCAUUUUAUUUUUGAGAAACUAUUGAAGUUUUUUAACUGUUUGUGAAAGUACUAUGGGCUUUUUUUCAAAAUACCGACUGGACACAUAUGUACAUAUUUUUCCCCAUUUUUGGCUCCCCAUUUUUUCUCCAAUUUUCUGGAACUCGUUUUUUUUCUGACUGCUACUAGUACUAGGACUACUGUAGCUUUUCUUAGAAACCAGGUGAUUAUUUUUGAAAAUGGAAAUGUUAACAAAUCUCUGAUUUUGACAUCACCAGCUUUCACAGAAUCUCAGACAAUUAUUCGAGACGUAUAUAAUUUCAAAACCUAGCAAUUAUUUUUCGAGAUAAAAAACUGAUUUUUUCGAGCCAGCUAGUGCAAUAAUAUCAUGUUUAGAACACAGACGAUCGCAUUUCAAAAAAGAAAAAAAGUUCGAAAAGAUAUGGAUUACUGUAGUGUCUUGAGAAAAAAACAUGAACUUUUUCUGAUCGUUUUCGAGAAAUUUUGAUGGGAAAAAUAAAAGAAAAUCCUAUUUAUUUUGAAGUGCAUUAUAAAUAUGUUAUGAUUGAUGUCCAUGAAAAAUCACAUAAUCUUUUUUUUUUGGAAAUUUUCAGAAAAAGAAAAAUAUUCGAAUUUCCUGCCUCCAUCCUGAUAAUUCUUUUUCUCCUCCACUUUUCCUCGUAAUUCUUGUCCAAUGAAGUGAAAUAAAUUAGUGUUGAGGAAGUGAAAAAGGUAUUAGUACUAUGUAUGAGAAAAAUUUGAAUAGAACUAAUUUUUUGCUUUUUUCUUCUUUUAUUUACGUCAGCGAAAAAAUGAAGGAUAAUUAGAUACAAACAACAAAACACUUGUUUAUUAGAUUGAGAAAAAUUGGAGCAAAAAAAUAUCAAACUUUUUUUCGAAUAUUUUAUGUAUAACAAGAAAUUUGAAAAUAAAAACAAAACAUUCUUGCAGGAGAGAACUUAUAACACUUAUCCACAACGUUCGCCAUCAUCAAUGGAUAGUGCGCCAGCGACAGAUUAUUAUAGAUCAAGAGCAAUGUCGCCGCCACCAAUGUCUACUACAAAUUCGCAUUCUCCAAAACCAAUCGGAGAAGUUGUCAAGACAACUUAUUCGCAUCAUGGAAGUUUGAGCGGAUAUUCAGGGGUUAGUUUGGGAGAUCAACAAAAACAUUUCAGAUUUACGCUAUUUUCUUACAGUACCCUGGCCUAAAAUAUCCAUAUUCGCAAAGUAUUCUCUAUGGAAUGCCACCUCAUAAUAAUAUGUUAUGGCGUUUCCUUGCAAAUCCAUUCCCAUUCGGACAUCAUCAAAGUCGUGGAACAUUUAUUGGACCAAACAAAUAUCAUCAUUUUGGUGGAUAUCAACACGCUUAUAAUCAUUGGGGUGGACCAGGUCCAGUUUGGUAG